CUAGCGCAGACAAGCUAACAGCGUACCUUCCACUUCGAUUCCUAACAACAUCGUCAUGGCUGCUGCACGAAGCAUCGCUUCCUCGUCGUCUUCCUCGUCCUCCAUGCUGAGGAGGAGCCUAAGUGUCCGCUCUGCUACCUGCGCACCACGCAGCCUUCCCGGCAGCAGUACGACUAUCCGCCACUCCUCCUCUGCAUCUAGUGCAUCCCUCCUAGCCUCUGCAGCCUAUACCAACCCAACCACAACUGCCGCCACGACCUCACAGGGUACUCCCCCUCUCCCACCUCAUCACCGAGACACCCUAACCUCUCUCCUGCGCGUAGACCACUCGGGUGAAAUCGCCGCAAACACAAUCUACAGUGCUCAAGCGCGAGUCUUCCAACACAUUAAAAAUGACCCACAAUCAACGAAGCUCACAUUGGAGAUGUGGGAGAGUGAAAAGAAGCAUCUCAAAGUGGCGGAGAUGUUACUGAGACAACAUGGAGUUAGACCGAGCUUGUUGAACCCGGUGUGGGGAGCUAUGGGUAGUUUAUUGGGGGGAGUGACGGCACUCAUGGGAAAGGAAGCGGCGAUGGCUUGUACGGAGGCAGUGGAGACGGUCAUUGGAGAGCACUAUGACGACCAAAUGUCCCAUCUAGACGAAGUCCUCGCCUCCUUCCGGUCAGGCGUCUCCUCCGCCUCUUCUUCUUCUCUUUCCUCCUCUUCGUCUGCACCUUCAACCUCACACGAAGCUCAUAGCGAAGCCCUCUCCACUGCUCCCACUUCCGACUCCACAACGCCCUACCAAUCUCUUCAGACCCUACGCAAUCUUCUCGAAGAGUUCAGGGAUGAUGAGCUGGAGCAUUUGGACACCGCUGUGGAGCAUGAUGCACAGCAGGCGCCGGCGCAUGCGCUACUUAGUGCUAUCAUUGGAUGGGGAUGCAAGGGGGCUAUUGAGGUCGCCAAGAGGAUCUGAAGUAGCUUGGCAAGCCCUAGCCUUGCGCUGGCAAGAGAGACGUGCUUGUAAUGUUGUAUUGUAAAUCUAUUGUACAUUCUACCGAUUUUCCCUGGUCAGACAUCCGUA